UGCCUUAUUUUUUGAAAGAAACUGCCUACGAUCGGCUAGAAUAUAGGGAAGAAGGCGGCACAUGACCACUUGCUGUUACCGGAAAGUUUAGAUUUACAGUAAAUGUUCUGUGCAGGUAAUUAAAUAAUUUUUCUCCAAUGAAUAAGCUUUAUUAUAAGAGCAAUUAACUUCAUCUCCCGCUCUGUUCCCAUAUAAACGGUGGGUUAUACUUCAUUUUCCUGUAGAAAAAAUGAUUAAAAGGAUAAAAGGAAAGAUUUUCUUUUAAUCCAUAAAAUUCAGUAUUUUCUCAAAUAAGAGAGUCAAUACAAGUGGAAGUGAAACACCUUACUAUUUCAUUAAAUUUAUAGUUUAGUUAAUACCCAUUUCGGAUAAAAAUAAUUGUUUUAUGCAUUUUUACUACCUUUUUCCGUUUUCUUCUUCCUAUCUCUCUUCUAUUCUUGUAAUUUUGUUGAAUCUCAGAGGAAGCAAAACCCAGCAAAGCUAUUUCAUUUUUGAGCAUUGUUUUACGGUUAACCUUUUGCCCACUUUUGGACCUGGGCUUCUCCAAAUCAAUUUGUAUGCUUUCUUGUUAAACUUGGGUUAAAAAAAUUGCAAACUUUGACCUUUUCCUGUCUAAAAUUUCAAUCCACUGUGUGUAGAUUCAUAUAAACAGGCCACAUGUUUACCAAUGAUCAAAGGCAGGAAGAAAGAACUGGAAAAUCUGGAACUUCAAGGCUGCAAUGUCUUUAGGAACUGGUGUGUCAGUUUCAGAACACAACUGAUGGAGGUAAGCCAGCAUUUUUAGAAUAUAAGUUCUUUCCUGCAUUGCUUAUGUUGUUAAUGAUCUUUGAGUGAGAGGUCCUAUGUCAACAGUAUUUGUGUAGAUUAAUUCACUUUAUUGUAAGAGUUAGUACAGGUUUUUCAGAUAAUGUUUCAUACUUGGGGUGUUCAGAUUUAAUUGCUUAUCUAAAAUGUGUGAUAACAUUAUCGGAUACUUUUGGUUUCUUUAUGAUUGUUUGAUAAGUUUAUUUAGAAUGAAAGCACAUGCAAUUCCAACUUGGUAUUAUAUUAACAUCUCUUAGAUCCUCAGUUUCACAAUUCCUUAACAGAAUGGGUGCUUGUCUCCGCAGAAAUAAAGGAGAAGAUUGCUGCAAAAUUGGCUAACUUUCUUAUGAUCCAUAUAAUUCAUUCUUGCGCCAGGUUCAAAACCCAAUUUUCUGUGAAAUAAUUUGUCCUCAAAUUUGAAUAAUGUCUUUUAUGUACUUUUCUGCCUCAUUGACAUCUUACUUUCUAAACGGCUCAAUGUUUUGGAACUCUUCCUAGAUUGCAUGACAGAACCAAAUGAGAAGCUUGUGGAAUUUGGAGUUGGAGGUGUCUGCAAGUCUUGUGUAGGUGAAUUAUGCUCUGGGGGCCCUUUAUCAUCUUUGUAACAAGUCUUAACGGGGAGGAGAUUCUUAAGCCUGAAGCAGUUGAUGUCAUUAAGAGGUAUGCUGCAGCUCAAACUAUAAAUGUAAGCUUCAGUAAUCUGGCCAAAGCAUUUCUGGACAAUCAUGUCUCUUGAGGACAAGUAAGCACCGUAAUAGGUUGUGGUUCUGACACUUCUUGCAAAACCUGAGGAAUGGGACUUAAAUCUUUAGAAGCGAUCUUGGUUUUCAAAAAGGGAUGGCAACAUUAAACCGAUGAAUUUCCUGAUUCAAAUCUGAUUCCCUAACUUGUCACCUUUCAGUGACAAGAAAGCAGGAGCCAUCAAGAUGGCAGCCAUAACCUAAAUAAUACUUUGAAGUAACGAGUUAUAUGAGACCAAUCAUAAGAUUUCUCUAUGCAGGUCACAGCUGCAGAACUUACAGAAGAUAGAUAUUGGUGCACUGGGUUAUGGUGAAAGAGGCAUUUAACAUGCAGCUAUGCUAGAAUGUAUGUAAGUGACUGCAAAAUCUGUUGCUAAGGGAGACAUUAUGGCCUUGGCCCUAUUGGUGGGGAAUUUUAGGUUAGUAGCAACCACAGGUGGCUGUCUAACUAUGUAUCUAGUUAGGGUAGCAUUACUGGGAUCGUUAUCAGCUCUUAGUUGAGACAUCCGAAGACUUUAUAUGUAUGAUUUUUUGGCUAAAAUUGCGAAUUUUAUACUACCAAAGGAACAAAGGAAUGUAAAAUUCCUUUUCUUUAUCUGAAAUGCUUUAAUCAUGUUGACACAGAUGAUUCGAUGUUGUAUGGCCAAAUGCCGCAUAUCUAAUGCAAUUGUGUGAGUUGAUACCAAAAUAUUGGAAAAUCCAAAAUUAUGAAUUUACAUUCAGAACAUUUAUAACUUUAUUUAGCUUCAAAUCUAUAGCUGGAGGAGUGUUUUGCAGCAUUUGUUUGUUCAUGGGUAUUUGCUUUGUUUCCCAAACUUCAACUUUGUCGUUGUAGUAUAGUGGUGAGUAUUCCCGCCUGUCACGCGGGCGACCCGGGUUCGAUCCCCGGCAACGGCGUUUUUUUCUUUUUUCAAAUAACUGUAAAUAAUACCUUUCCCUGGCGGGAAAUCCACGCUAACACAAAUCCGAAAGUUUCCUUCACCUUUUCUUCAAUUCUUAUUUUAAUCUCCAAAGCAACCAUCACUUCCAAAUUAAAAAAAAAAAAAAAAUGUUUCCGCUGAAAUAUUUCUUUUCUCCUCCACCUUCCUCCGCCCCAUCUCCGCGGACAACCUCCGUCCAACGCCGCGUCAGCACCACCACCAUCCACAUAAUGGCACUGGACGGGUUAGUCAACGUCAACUCACUCUUCACCUUCGCUUUAUUCCUUGGCCUUGCAUGGUACCCCACCCCUACCCUCAUUGACGACAGCUUCUCUGCCUGCGCCGCUGGGUCCAAUGUCGCCGAGAGGCUAGUUGCAUACCACGUGUACUCAUUCAGUUCCUUUCUCUUCUCGAGCCUCAUCGCAUCAACCAUCAAACAAGCCAUAAAAAUAAGUAAAGAUAGCAAGGACGUGAAAGGGCAUGGAGUUGGCGCCACUCUUGUGGAUGUGAACUUGAUGGCUUUGAGGGUUGGGAUGUUGGUUUCGGGUGUUGGUUCGGUUUUCGGAUGUGUGUUUUUGAUGAUGGCUUUGGUGGCUAUGGUUGAGAUUAAGUUGGGGACUUUGAGUUGUGGGAGUCUUUACAGCUUUGCGGCCAUUGGUCCUUUGGUAGUUUUGGUCCCUUUGGCUCUUGUUAUCUAUGUUUGUCUUGUUAUUUAUGCCUUCACUCGCUAGAAAUAAUGAUAUAUAAAUAUAUCAAUAUUAUGGACUUGGACUUCUUUAUUCUUUUAUUUUAGCUGCUAAUCAAACAUUUCAGCAGCUUUAAAUUAAACUAUGAAUUUG